AUGGAAUCUCACGUUGCUAUAUUGACCAACAGCAAUGAUGAACCACCCGGAAACGCCGCAGCUGAACCGGCCAACCUGCCAAAUCCAUGUCAAAUUCCCCGGAUUAUCUCUUUUUCUGGCGGAUAUAAGCGCAAGCUUGAAGGGCCUAUGCCCGAGUUCUUGGAUCAACGUGUCAUCGGUCUGAUGCGUCCUGCCUGA